AUGGCUUUGAUUGCUACAGAAAAACAAGCCAAGGAACUGACCGCUGGGCUGGACACCUUUCAAUACAUUGUUCGUUUAAUGUCUUUGGCUGUUGGUAGAGAUGACAUUAAUCGUAUCAAGGAACGGUAUAUGUCCUCGGAUUUAGUUUUGUAUCUCAACAAACUUACAAUUGACGGUGAUAUCGUAGCUAUUCUUAAAACUAAUAUUCUAGACAUCUUCUUUAAAAUGUUGAAAGCCCCAGACAGAGAGGAAAGAUUACGUACCACAAUAUGUUUGUACAAUAUAAGUUUCAACCCAAAGGGACGAGAGGCAAUUCGACAGCAUAAAAACUUAUAUCCUUGUUUGGCAACUAUAGAAAAGUUAGAAAAGGAUCCUGAGAUUAAAAACAAUUUGCAAGGUCUUUUAGCAAACUUGAAUCCCGAAUCGGAACCUCCAUCGAGACUAAUUUCCAAAACACGCCAUAUUUUGAUCAACUACAACAAAGAGGAUACGGGAAUGGUGAAGAAAAUUGUCGAGAGGAUCACGGCAGCUGGCAUAGAAAUUUGGAUUGACUACAAAUUAGGACAUUGCGACCUGCUAGGUGCCAUCUCUGAAGCUGUUGCGGAGUCAUCAGUCGUUGUGCGCCAUGGAGCAGCAUUUGCUGGAUUAUAG